GUCGGACGAUGUUUCGGAGAGUGUCGGUGUUAAAGGAGAGAGCCGAAGAUGAGAACGUGGACUCCGGAGCGGAAACAGCCGAAUCCGACUGCAGCAGGAUGUCAACAUCUGGCAUCGAGCUCAUGACCAGGCGGGUCAGGCAGCAGCAGCAGCUCCUUCAUCUGAAUCUGCAUCUGCUGGCCAACCCUGGAGACUCACUGCUGCUGCAGCACACCCUGGAUCGCCUCAUCCGCUGGCUCUGUCCAAGCCUCCGCAUCUUCCAUGUGUCAGAGAGGGCUUCCCCAUAUAGAAGUUACACUCGCCUCAGUCCUGUGGCAGGCUACCCUUCUUUGGCUAUUACCUUCUUCCUUCAUGAGGCUUAUGGAGAGGAACGGAUCCUCAAAGUGCUGGACUUCUUCCAGCGACCACCCUGGCAGUACCACCACGCGGAGAGCUGCGGCAACAGAACCAGAGGGAUCCACAUUACUUCCAGCAGCUCCCCAUCCAACCCCCUGAUGCGGCCCUACCUCCUGCCCAGCAGAGACUUUUACAGCCUGGGUGCAGGGAUGCCUGUGUGGGGGGUUCGGCCGGUGCACUGUGGAGGAGAAAUACUACGUGUGACACUGUACAGUGGAUAUGACAACUAUGAGGACGCAGUGCGGCUGUAUGAGACGGUGCUGCAGCAACAAGCAGAAGAGCAGAAGACCGGCUUCUGCUGGUUCACCCUCCACACAGAGCCAGGACUGUGCCUGCAGCUGGCUUUAAAGCAGUUGUCACCAGGAGUUCGGGUGGAGCCUUGCAGCUCUGCUGUGCUACAGUUUAGUGUGGAGGAAAUCGGCCAGCUGGUCCCUCUGCUGCCCAACCCCUGUACCCCCAUCAGCACCACACGCUGGCAGACGGAAGACCUGGAUGGAAACAAAGUUCUCUUCCAGGUGAAAACCCCGGCUCAACCUCCGCGACCCUUGACCUGUGCUUUCCCCCUGACCUGCCCCAGCGUGUCCCCUCGAGGAAUGCAGUUCAGGAGCUCAGCACAGGGCCACAGCAUGUCGCCCUGCAGCCUCACAACCCCGCUGCCCUGGCAGACACACAGGCAAGGCCACAGACCGCGCAGUGACCCGGUGUUGGAGAAGCUUCACGGAGGAGGAGGAGGUGGAGCAGAGAGUCUGGGAUCAGGAAGCUGCUGCAGCACCCCUCCAGGCAGCUCCUGCUACUCAUCCCAGCGCAGCAGCCCCGCCCUGCCUCUGACCUCCAAUCAGCCCGACUCUCCUCUGCGCCCGGCCAUCACCCGCUCUCUCUCCUAUCUCCUCCUGGAAGAGGAUGAGGAGGAGCCAGAGACCAACGUAGAUACGGGAGUCCCCAUCUCGCCUCACUCUGACUCAGCAGUCAAAGCGAUCACUCGCUCUUCCUCCAUGGACUUUCUGAUGAACCUCCACUCAGAGAGACCUGCUGCUGUCGGGGCUUCGGCUGCUGAAGGUCUAGCCAAGGAACUGCUUGAAUGUCUGCCACGGACACACAUACACCCUCAGGGGAGCUCCAGGACAUGGGGCUCCGCCGGUUGUAUGAAUAAAGCCAGUAAAGGCAGCAGGACAGUGGUGAUGAGGACUACUGCUGAGCAAUGUGCCAAGCCGAUGUCAUCACACACAAACAAUGAAGAGCCCAUCGACGAGUUCUUCAUUUGAAUUCUUCCCACUUCAUCACAUGUGUGUGUGUGUUAAAAACCACAGUCAUCAUCUCAAAACGUAGCACAUGGAGGAGAUCGCAACAUAGGUGGGAAACGAUGAGACCCUUUUAAACAGAAGAUAUGAAGAGCUACAAGAAGACAGACAGAGCUGUGUAGUUUGACAAAGGAAACCAAGGUUGAGCUGUGGGGGACAAUUUCCUUAAAAUGGUUUGACCCGCCCCAUAAAUCACCCAAAAACACAGCAGUACAUGGCAAUUGAUACUUUGAAGACAGUCCAGGUAUUAAUAGUGAUGAAUGUCUAAUUUACUUUUAUAUAUUUAGGUCCAACUAAUUGUUUGUGCAGCUGUUGUGUUCAAGUGUAGCCGUGUGAGUAGGAAACCGUACGCGUUACUGUCAGGGUACUGAUGCCAGUCUACGUUUCUGCCACUUUCCCACCCCCGGGAAAGUUAACGUCUUAUUUUCUUUCGAUUGUCUUUGAAACAGAUGUGUGGAGGCUGUGUUGAUCGUGAUUAGAAAUCUGAUUUAGUCUGAUUGGUCUCCACAGUGCAGCAGCUUCAGCCGGCUCUACUUAGUAAAAGAAGCUUGAUGGCUUUUGAUUACAUUCGUUCACUUGCACUUCAAAUGAUCUUUGCUCUGGUGUUUGUGUGUUAAGAUGUAGAAGUAGUGGACUACACGUUACUGUAAUCUCACAUCUUUUCCCCCAACGUAGCCUAGAGUUAACGGGAUUUAAAGAACUUAAAGAGAAUAUUUGGAGGGGUUUUUUGUAUUUUUUUAUAUUGAUGUAACCAUUAUUAUGUAAAGUGUCUCAUAGCCUGAGAUCUUUAAAAUGUUAAUUACUGUAAAAUCACAGUAAUCUGAGGGAUUAAGUGGAAACUGAAGUACUGCAUUUACACAGACCUUUCAUACAGCUGUCUACAGAUCAGGAAUAUUCAUGACGGAAGUGUGCUGUAUCAUGUGUGGAAAGGGAAAUACUAUGCAUGUAACGAAAGAGGUCGUACUCAUCUCUUCUACAACACCAGUUACCUCAUCGGUCGCUGUUUGGCCACAUCUCAAGUGUGGACCUUAUAAAUUAACCCACUAAACCGAUAAAACCUGAACCUGGUGAACACUUGUGUUGGUUGUGUAUUGUGUUCACAGCAGAGUGUUAAUGUGUCUCGGGCCUCCACAGAGACGCACGACAUGACAAGAAGUUUUAAGAUUCAAUACUAAUGUGAUGCAGACGUCAGACUUGAUUAGCGGCAGGAUUGUACCGA